AUGGGCAUCCCGAUGUGGCGUGAGCCUUCCAAGGCCGAUGUACAUAAGUCUGCUGUGGAGAAGGACCGCACUGCUGCUGCGCGUUCGUCUAUCGGCCGUCGAGGCUUGUCGCGCCACGGUAUCUCUCGUGCGCGCCGAAAUGUCAUGGCUUCGUUCCAGUCGCAGAUCAUCGAUGAGCUCCGACGCGGUAGUGAUCUCCCCCGGCGAUCUCCUGUGCAGAACAAUGGGAUGAGUGAGGAUGGAAUGACGCUGGCUCAGGCUCAACGUGAGGCCUUCAGCAGGGGCCCUUCCUCGCGUCCGAGUCAACGCCAACGGGCCGACCAAUCCCUGCGCGAAAGUCAAGCCUUAACUAACCUGCUUGCUCGCCCUGGCCUUCAGCCCUCGAGCUAUCGCAACGGUAGCCCUUCAUUCACACCGAAUUUUGCUCCUGCUGCAGCAUAUCACACCCACGGCUCCUCGACCCCCUCUUCGGACGGUAUGCGACUUCCGCCUCUGCGUCGCGCCGACAGCCCCAGUGAUGAGCCUUCCUUUUUUAUGCCGUCGAACCUCCUUCGCAUUAAUCGGAACGCAGCUCAUCCAACUACACUGCACCGAGACGCGGCGAUGGAUGGACUUGGAGAUCGGCAACGCAGCCCUAGCCCCGAUGGAGAUCGUGAUGCUAUCGUGUGGGAAACUUUGCUCUCAACGAUGACACCUGAUGUCACUCUACCUUCCAAUGACACCUCUUUUGCCUCAAGCUCCGCCUCUGCGCCCGAUGUUGCUCGCACUGGAACUACUCGUGCCUCUGCCAAUUCCACUUUACCUUCUUCGUUGAGCUCUUCCCGCGGCGCCGCGCUCGACCCUUACCCUGAUCAUCUCAAUCCUUGUGACUUUUCUUCUUCGGAGGACGAGGAUACACCUGUAAAUUACCGCCGGUUCAUUCAGCCCAUUAUGCCCCUCACGCUCCAGCGUUUCCCAGAUAUCCGCUCGACCCAGAGCAGCCACCCUCCCGUUCCUACUAUUCAACUUUCAAUUACCGACCACAAUAAUGACGAUCUCCAACAGAUGCAGGCUAUCCUGGAUCGACUUGCACGUCGGGAAGAUAUUCCAGACGACUGGUGGGCGGCCGCGGGCCUCGCACGAACACUUGAUCGAGGUCUCAGCGCGAGCAUGGACUCGACGGACAAUGAAGGCGCUUCUCAGCCCCCUCGAGGUGACCUGUGA